CGAGCACGUUGUUAAAAAAGAAAGUCGGGUUCGAGAAACACUUCAAAGAUAAACAUGGCUGCAAGCCGUGUUGGAAAGUGGUUUUUUAACCUUGCAAAGCCUGUAAAUUCGCAUGUGACUCAACAAUCCAGUCUGUUAGCCAAUCAACAGAAUCAGUUGAACCAUGUUAGAACUAAAAUGGUGGACUUCAGAAUGAUCAGGGACAACAAAAGGAGGAAAACGGUUCAGGAGUAUGGCCCAGAGAGGUUCCGAAUUAACAUGGUCCGCAAAAGCAAAAUUAUUCCAAGGGAAAUAAAGGAAAUUGCUGACAAAGAGAUCAGGGAGUUCCCAUUAAACAGUGCACCUGUGAGACUGCACAACAGGUGUAUAUUGACUUCACGUCCCCGUGCUGUGCUAAAAAGAUGGCACAUUAGUCGGAUUAUGUUUCGCAGUCUUGCAGACUAUAAUAAUCUUUCUGGGGUUACAAGAUCAUCUUGGUGAUUUAUUUCAAUUAUACAUGUAUUUUUUGUUCACUUUACUUUACAUGAAACUGUAUUCUGAUGUGACUUUUAUUAAAAACUAAAUUGAGAAAAUA